GCCUCUACCACACCAGCUGAUUUUAUCCAAUUAUAUUAGCGCAAAAAGCAGAGAGCGGUCGAGGUCGGCGGGGCACUCAACGCACCGACGUCGGACUGGGAAGACGCUACUUCACACACGCAUUCUUCGCAGCAUUCGCAACCUACAUACAAACCAGAUGCGGCUGUGGCUUCAUUUGUUUAGCCUAGUUGCGGCCGGGCUGUGUGUCCACGCUUUCAGUUACAAUGGGGGCAACUCACAAUCAGGGAACCCAAGUGCCAUCAAAAGACCCCCGAGACCCCCACAAAACCAACAGUCCCAGUCAAGUGGAGAGUCCCGCCUCAGAGAAGUAUUCAGCUGGACCCAACUUGACUUCGUUUACCCAAACCAACGGGCACGCGAGCAGGCCAUCAACUCCGGAUCAUUCGUUCCUGAUGGCUCGAUGGUUCCCAUUAGCGUGUUUGGUGCAGGUAAUCGAGUUUUCUUAGCUAUGCCCCGCUGGAAACAGGGGGUGCCUGCCACCCUUGCCUACGUCGAAUUGAGUUCGACAAAUCGAUCGCCUCCGCUAAUACCGUACCCAAGCUGGGAACUCAACAGGCAGGGCAACUGUCAGGGUCUGACCUCGGUGUUCAGAGUCAUGGUUGACGAUUGCGACAGGCUGUGGGUGUUGGACACCGGACUCGUGAACUCCUUUGAAGAUGGCAAACGCAUCUGUCCUCCGCAGGUGGUCACCAUCGACCUUAAAACAGACAGGAUCAUCAACCGAUUCAGAAUUCCUCAGAGCGCUUUGAAGGAAGAUUCACUGCCUGUGACCAUUGAGGUUGAAUACCCCAAAGGAAAUUGCGGCAAACUGACCGAUGCUGUUGUUUAUAUGGCAGACACAACCACAUAUGCCAUUAUAGUGGCUGAUCUGUCCACUAAUAGAGCAUGGAGAGUUACUGACAAAACGGUGUUUCCUUCACCAGAGGCGGGCACUUUUAAUGUAGCCGGGGAAACGUUUGAGCUGAUGGACGGCGUCCUUGCACUCGCCUUGGGACCAAAUUUAGACCAACGCGGAAGAACACUUUACUUCUCGGCCAUGAGCAGUUUUCAACAGCGAUGGGUGCAUACCUCCGUGCUUCGCAAUGAAUCCGCGGCUAACAGUCAACCGUUGGCGUUCCAAACAGGCACCCAAAUGCGCCCCGGCCAGAGUGCAGGCAGCGGCAUGGACAAAAACGGGGUGCUAUUCUUCGGCUUUGUAAAUUCAGACACGCUGGCCUGCUGGAACACGAGAAAGUCGUUUGAGCCUAGGAACAUCGCCAAACUAGCCCAAAACAGCCAGACGAUGCAAUUUUUUGCAACUGUCAGCGUUGACAAGAGGCAGCGCGUAUGGGCCAUUUCCAGUCGCUUCCAAAGCUUUUUCUCCGGCACGAUGAACCCCCGAGACGUGAAUUUCCGCGUCUUCAUGGCCGAGUCAUCCACUGAGCUGAUCAAAGACACGGUGUGCGCCAACGACGCCUCAAACUUUAACGCACCACAGCAGCUGGUGUUUAGGCCAUGACGUGUGCAAGGGCGUUCGCGGUGGCGCUUCCCCACGCAGCCCAGUCCCCGUCGCUGGUGGGGCUUCGACUCUGACACUUCUUGGAGCCCUGAAAGCUCACACACCACGCCCCGCGCCGCCCGCUCGACCAUUGUUGUCAACCCUGAUGGAUCGUAUUGGUACUCGAUCGUCCACUGAGGUUGAACAACGAAGUUUAAAAUUAAUUAAGCGUGCUCAGGAUUAUUAUUAUUAUUUUAAUAUGCCAAUAAUCAAAAUUAGAAGUAGUGCGAUAUGAGCUCUUAUGGCACUGCUUUGUUUGUGCGCACGGCAUUUCCAACUGUGAAUCUUUUUUAGAUUUGAAACCGAAUUUUAAAUAAAAAUGUCAGAUAUUGUACUUUUAAAUUACACUACUCUCAAUUUAUUAUUAUUGCAUGAAGCCUUUUAUCAUUUUAUAUUCUUUUGAACGUGUAAAUUUCUUAUCUGUUAGUUUUCUUUUUCAAGUGAAAUUAACAAGAAUACAAAAUCGUUCAAAAUUGCUUUACAGUUACAGAGGUGAAGUACAUUGCAUAAAUCUUGUAUUUGAAUAAGACUUGGUUAUUGCUCCUUUCUAGGUACACAAUCCAGUUAUAUAUCAAAUAAUAACUAUUUAAUAUUGCCUUGGUAAAUUUGCAAAAACUUUAUGUUGUUGUGUAGCCCAGUUUGUUUUUCUGAAAUAAUGUUAUAAAAGCUUCGCUCCACCUUA